AUGGCGCCGCCAGGCAGGGGCCGGCGCCCAAGCCGCCCAUAUGAGACUAUCGUCGACUUGACUGCAGAGGACGAUCAGGAGAACAGGAUGUUUCCAGCCAAGAUCGCUCAUUUCAUCACUACGAUUCCACAGAAACGCAAGAGCAGUGACCAGAGCGCUGAGCAGCCCUUGCGACAGGCCUCUCGACAGCCUUCGCGACAGCCUUCGCUGUCUGCGAAUCCUAUCAGCGUAGUGAUUCCACGACCUUCCCCUGAUCUGCAAAGACAGAUCGAGGCGACGGAGCAGGCUUUCUCUUUGCCCCUUGGGGUUCCAGCAAACUUCUUCGAGGUCUUUACGCCUAAUCACUUUGAGAAGAUGGCUGCUCACCGCAAGUACUCGCUUCUUCGGCCUUCAAUCUCUCGUUCUGAGACCCCUCUGGCGAUCGGUAGUUCCAUUAUGCCAACUGGCACACAAACUCUACUGGGUACUACUGCCAAUUCCGCAAAUGAAACUCGCGAGACACUGCAGUUCAAAUUGAGCUGUAUUAAGGGACCGCCAGUCUCCUACGAUGUCAAUGACCCCAAGAUCCUUCGACGCCUUGCAUCCGACUUUGAGUUCAUCAACGAGUACAAGCUGCACGAAGAAGUCGAACCUACUCCACAAGAGUUCCUCUGUGGCUGCAGCUGUGACACAAUUUGCUCUGACAAGUGCGCCUGUCUGUACAAGGACGAAGAUACUAGCGAGACGAUCAUCCCCUACACCAAUGAGGGCCUUCUGACUUCCGAUUUCCUCGAACGCAAGGUCAUGAUCUCUGAAUGCAGCUCGCAGUGUGAAUGCAGUUCUUCUUCGGAUGAAAAGUGCUGGAACCAUGUCGUUCAGGACGGCCGUACCAUCAGCCUGGUGAUCUUCCAUACUGGGACCCGUGGUUUCGGUCUUCGCUCUCCUACCCCUAUUCGCAAGGGACAGUUCAUCGACCGAUACCUAGGCGAAGUUAUCACCAAGGAGAAGGCAGGCGUUCGCGAGGAUGCCUCGGAGAAGGAUCAGUCCUACUUGUUCAGCCUUGAUUGGUCCGGCGAGUGCAAGUACGUGGUGGAUGCCCAGAAGUUCGGAAGCAUCACUCGCUUCAUGAACCAUUCUUGCAAUCCCAAUUGCAAGCUGAUCCCAGUCUCGACGGUGCAAGGCGACAAUCACUUCCUGUACGACCUGGCGUUCUUCGCGCUUCGCGAUAUCCCGGCCGACACUGAGUUUACAUUUGACUACAACCCCGAGGCUGAAAUGGUCGAAACGAUCGAUCCCGAUGCUGUUAAGUGUCUCUGUGGGGAGGAGAAUUGCCGCAAGCAACUUUGGCCCAACAAGCGAAAGGGCACCAAGUAA